CGCGAGUCAGGUGCUUCUGUCGUCACUUCCAUGUAAAUACAGAGACCAAGACAGUGGAAAGUACGCGAAUAUAUAACUUUCAGCAAAGAUGCCAUUGCUGUAUGCAGUGAUAGCACGCGGCACCACAGUCCUGGCUAAAUAUGCCAGCUGUGCUGGCAACUUUUCAGAAGUAACAGAACAAAUUCUUGGCAAAAUAACGCCCGAAACCUCCAAGCUCACCUACUCCCAUGGAAGCUACCUGUUCCACUAUGUCAUAGAAGAUAGACUUGUCUAUCUGUGCAUCACUGAUGAUGAUUUUGAAAGAUCGAGGGCAUUCCUGUUUCUAAAUGAAAUCAAGAAACGAUUUCACUCACAGUAUGGAGUUCGAGCUCAAACAGCCUUACCCUUUGCCAUGAACAGCGAGUUUUCCAGAGUCAUAGCAUCACAGAUGCGUUUCUUCAGUGAGGACAGACCAGACCAUCUCACAAAGGUUCAGGAUCAAGUUGAUGAGUUGAAAGGAAUUAUGGUCCGGAAUAUUGAUGCAAUAGCAGAUCGUGGGGAGAGACUGGAGCUGUUGGUGGACAAGACGGAUGAUCUCAGUACUAAUGCUGUGUCUUUCAAGAAGUCAAGUCGAAACUUAGCCCGAUCCCUCUGGUGGAAAAAUGUGAAAAUAACAGUAAUAAUAGCUGUUGUUGUGAUAGUGAUCCUAUACUUUAUCGUGUCGGCAUCGUGUGGAGGUCUCAGCUGGCCGAACUGUACAAAAAAGUAAAACAUGUUGCUUGUUUCACUAGAACAGACUUACAUCUCCUUUCAAGUUCAAGCAGGAGUUCGUCUACACGUUUUCUUGCACACUAUAUCCAACUAAUCUGUACAUGUCUACACAGGAUGGUAUGAGAACGAGAACUCAAGCAGUUUUAAUGACUGGUCAAUAUGGCCGUCUCCCUGGUUGAAUUGAUGGUUGUUAGUCAUGAUGCAUUGGGGCGGUGGUGUAGCCUAACAACAAAAGCAUCCGCUCAUCACGCUGAAGACCUGGCUUCUAUCUCACAUGGGUACAAUGUGUGAAGAUCAUUUCUGGUGUCCCUUGCUGUGAUCUUGCUUAAAAUGGCGUAACCCAGACUCACCCUGUGUUGUGGGUCUUCUUGAUGCAUUUCAGUGUUAUUUUUAGUUAUUAUUAAAAGUUUUCUAAUACUGAGGGUCAUAGAUUCAGGUUACAAUGCCUUUUCCACAAAGUAACCAAGAUAGAGGUUCCUAGUGUGAACAUUAUUCAGACAGCACACACCAGGACACCUGUGUGGAUUAAUGCUUAAACCGUCAGUCACUACUUUAAUAGUUCACAGUGGGAAUUGUCCUAAGGAAUAGGACCACAGAACUGCCUAGCCUGUCACAAGAGCUGGCUUAAAGUUUCAAUUGACCUGUUGUGUGUCACCUGUCUGCACUGGAGACAAAAGUCAAAGGGACUUUGUCAUAACCCAUUAAGUUAUGGAGAAUGCAUGUAUGGUAAGCAAGUUUUGAGGUAUAUGAGUUACCUGGGGCUUUGUUGCAUUCUUUUAUUUAAAGGGAGGUGAGGUAACCUAGUGGUUAAAGCAUUUGCUUGUCAUAGCAAAGACCCGGGUUCAAUUUCCCGCAUUGGUGUUAUGUGUGCAGCCCAUUUCUGGUGUCCCUGUGGUGAUAUUGUUGGAAUAUUGCUUAAAGCAGUGAAAAACCUGAAUUUCAGUUAACAAAUCCUGUCAGAAUCUUUGACUGACUGACUGAGUUCAGUUUUACGCCGCUUUUAGCAAUAUUCCAGCAAUAUCACGGCGGGGGACACCAGAAAUGGGCUUAACACAUUGUGCCCAUGUGGGGAAUCGAACCCGGGUCUUCGGCGUGACGAGCCAACGCUUUAACCACUAGGCUACCCCACCGCCCGUCAGAAUCUUUGAAGAGAAACACUUAAAUUUAUUGAUUUGAUUCGGAUAGAUAAAUCUGUGAGAUAGAAAGUAUAUAUUUUUGUUGUUCAGCUGUAGCAGAAUUUGUUUUGCUGUAAAAUUGAAUAAUGUGUAUCCAUUAAAGUAAACUGAACUAAGUUA